GGUGAUUCCCACACACACAUCAUCACCAACACACAGUCUCUUACACAGAGUCCUGCUGCUGCCUGUCAUUUCCUGGAUCCAGCGUGUCCAAGCUGCUGUGGAAACUUUCACAAGUGUGUUGUUGGAGAGAGGAGGAGGAGGAGGAGGAAGAGGAGGAGGAGGCAGCUCGGUGAGCCUCCAGCGGCGCUGCAGCUCUCAGGACACGGAUCAGAUCAGCUCUGCUCUGCUCCGCUGCGGGGAUGUCGGCGGUGAAGGCUCUGCAGCAGUGGUGCAAGCUCCGGUGCGACGGCUACCGGGAUGUGUCCAUCACCAACAUGACCACGUCCUUCAGGGACGGCAUGGCUUUCUGUGCUCUCAUCCACAAACACAGACCUGAUCUCAUCAACUUUGAUUCAUUGAAGAAGGAAGAUGUUUAUGAGAACAAUAAACUGGCAUUCAAGGUUGCGGAGGAGGAGUUGGGAAUUCCAGCGCUGUUGGAUGCAGAAGACAUGGUGGCUCUUAAGGUUCCUGACCGCCUCAGUAUCCUGACAUACGUGUCCCAGUACUACAACUACUUCCAUGGACGCUCCCCGAUUGGUGGUUUGGGCGGUAUAAAGCGGCCAGCUGACGGCCCCACAGAGGAACCGUCAGGGAAGAAGAACCAGGCGGUGGCGUCGAAGGUGUUUCCCUCUUCUAAACCGGCCAGAGAGAACAGCCCUCCCCCCUCUUCCAACAUCUCAAGGCCCUCUCCUUCUCCAAGACAAGACAGAAAUGCCACAAAGGAUGUUGUGGGUGAGAGAUCCCACCAGACGGGCACCCUGAGUAACAAAUGUGUGUCCUGCAACAAGCAUGUUCACCUGGUGCAGCGACAUCUAGUGGACGGGAAGCUCUAUCACAGGAACUGUGCAAAGUCACUGACGCCUACAAACCCAACUGCACCUCUCAGAGUUUUACCCACAAACACUCCUGUUUCCAGAUUUAGUCCUCUGCCAGACUCUACUAAAACCAGUACAACUACUCCCGCUCAUACACCCUCCAGACCAACACCACCAUGGCUGAAAUCCAGCAUCCCUCCCAGCUUCUCCACCACUCUUUCUCCUUCUCCGUCUCCUUCCCGGCCUGCUUCAAGUCUCUCUUCUGCUGCUAAAGACACUCCGACAUCUGUUGUCUCCAAACCCGAGCCUUCACGGACUACAUUUCAAUCUACCUUCACCACCACACCAACGACCACUUCUAACAACACCAGGCCCACUCCUGCUCCUCGUGCCUCAACCACGGCAGCCAAGACUCUGCAGUCCAAGCUCAAUUUCUUCCAAUCGGAUAACGCCGCUAGCGAGGAAGAGAAAAAGACUACAACCACCAACAUAGUCAUAAAUAAAUGGCCGAAUGUGACCGGUAAGGGCCAGGAGGUCACAACAGGGCAGGCCGUCACUUUGGUUGUGAAUGUUGGUGGUUUUGGCAGAAAGGAAUCAAAUGUGAGCUUGGACACAGGUGGGGAGGGAGCUAAACCAGCUGUUGGAGGUGCAGAUUCAAAGAUGAAAUCAGCUGGUAGAGGUGCAGAUUCAAAGAUGAAACCAGCUGGUGGAGGUGCAGAUUCAAAAACGAAAUCAGCUGGUGGAGGUGCAGAUUCAAAGACAAAAGCAUCAGCAGCAGCCUUCAUCUCCAAAAAACUGGCUGAGGAGAACAACAAUAACAACAGUAAGCCAUCAUGGAUAACUACAGUGCUGAAGAAACCUGACAAACCUCCUCAAGUGGAGACUCCAAAGAAGGAGACGGUGGGUGCCAGAGGGAGGAAGCUGCUGAAAGUUGACCGGUCAAUCCUCGCUGACACGGAGACCGAAAAAUCCCGGACUCCGAGCCCGGCCGCUAAGAGUGGACUCAGAGACAGAACCCCAGAUAGAGGCACGCCAAAGCCCCGCAGUGCAUCACCCAACACCUCAGCAUCUGAAAACAAAGACUCUCCUGCAGACUGGAGGUCAAAGCUCAAACCCAUCGCCAAACCUGCUGGUCCCACACAGUCCUCUCCUAAACCAUGGAGGGCUAACGGAGCCGGAAAGACUCCAGAGCUGCCUGUCAGGCCUUCUCCACCCUCUCAUCUGCCCACCCCGGACGUCUCUGUCACUCCACCUGCAGCAAAGGGUUUCCUGAAUGGUCCGAAAGUCCCAACUGCAAAUGGUACCAAGUCAGAGUCAAAGAUUUCCAAGACGAAACCAGACUACAUUAACAAAGAUGACAUCAUGAAGGAACUGCAGGAGAUUGAAGAUAAUUUGAACGAGUGGGAGAAGAGGGGAGUGGAGCUGGAGGUGAAGCUCCGCAGCAGUGAGGAAGAGGGUGAAGAUGACUCUCUCAUGGAUGGGCUCAUGGUCGAGUGGUUCAGCUUGAUCAGGAACAAGCAGGUGGCGAUGCGCCGCGAGUCUGAACUGGUCUACAUUGGGAAAACCCAGGACCUGGAGGAAGAGCAGCCCAGUGUUGAGCUGGAGCUCAGGAGGCUGAUGGAAAAACCAGAACGUCAGAAAACAUCUUGGGACCGGAAGAGAGAGGAGGAGCUGAUGGCCAAACUGUUUGAGAUUGUCAAUGACAGAAACGCUAUUGUAGAAGGUCUGGAUGAGGACAGACUCAGGGAGGAAGAGGAGGACAUGGAGAUAGAAAAGAUGAUGAUGAAUUUCAACAUAAAGAAAGACAAACAAGACAAACCAAAGAAAAAGUCUCCGAUGUCCAAACUGUUCAAUUGGGGGAACAAGAAGGAGGGAUGAUGCUCCGCAGAACACAGCGCUGCUACUGUCUUUGAUGUGUGUGUUUUUUUGCUGCUCUUGUUGUAGUCUUAAUGUCAGUGUACUCAGCCUGUGAUUCAUGGGAUAACACGUUAGUGUGUCUGUGUGUGCUUGUGUGCGUGUGUAUGUGUGAUCUGUCAUUUUAAGCGCUUUUAGAAAAAUGCCCUUCCCUCUGUCGACUGCAUCACUCAAGAUCUGACGUUACUCCUGCCACACACACACACACACACACACACACACACACACACACAUGCACGCAAGCACACACAGAUGAUGUUGAGGGGUUAAUGACUCACCAGCCGUGAUGUGAUUGGGUUCAGCGCUCCGGUUGUUAGUUUUAAUACCCUUCUAGUCUUAAUCUGUCUACUUAAUGCUCUCUCUCACACACACACACACACACACACAAGCAAACUCACACACAUUUCCUCCUUAUAUCUUCUUACAUGUGCAACUUAUUGAAAUGUUGGUUGUGUACAGUAACACUAGAGAUGCUAAUAGGAGUUAAAGAACAGAGGUCAGACAGCUGUUUCUUGCUCGCUGCUCAUGUUUCGGUCCAGAGUACCAGACUAACGUCAGGGUCACUCUCUGACCUUGUUGUAGUCGAUUACAUGUUGAACUGCUUUUAAACUCAAAGGUCGUGCUCCGUGUCGUUUU